AUUGGCAGCGCUGAAAGAUAUUCAACAGGAUUGGAUCAAAAGUUAAUUUUGUUUUCUUGUUACUAUGGAAACAGUUAAUAACAACAAAAUGUCUGCAAAGUCAUUUUAGACUUAUUUGCAACACAAUUACAACUAAUAGCGUAAAAAAUGGUUGAAAUGUUAAAUAAACUCGGCAUUUACUUCGAUGAAGUCGACAAAGUGCGCAUCCUCGAUCCAGAAGUCGCUUCACAAACAAACGUCCUGAAGGAUGAGUGCAAAAUCUACAUUGAUAAAUUAGAUGAAUUUCAAAAGAUCAUCGACAGUUUCAUCACGUUGGUGGAUAAAUUGGGUAAAGAAGUAGACAAACAGAAACUAAAAGCAAUCAGCGCAAGAAAUACUCUGCAAACAAUGGAAAAACAUCGCGAAGUCGAUCAACAACAGCUGCAGGCGUUGGUUUCGGAGAAAAGCAUGGAAUUAGAACGUCUGAAAAACCAGCUCAACUCUUUACAGAAGACUGAAAUGGAACAGAAUGAAAUUUUAAAUUCACUUAUUAGUUAUUAAUGUAAGAGGAGUGAUUUAUUGCACUUUUGUUUGCUAAACAAGUUUUACACACUGAUUUUACGCAAAUUCUGACUAUUGUGUGUUUAUAGAAGUUUUUGUGACGUCAGAGAACGUGAAACAUUAAACUAACCUCAAAAUAGUUACAAACAUUCAAGAAA